CAGACUUCCUGCUGAGCACAGAGCCCCAUAUGGGGCUCAGUCCCACAACCCUGAAAUCAUGACCUGGGCUGAAAUCAAGAGUUGGACGCCUUACUGACUGAACACACCCAGGCGCCCCCUCCUACUUUAUUCUUAACAUUGUUCCAUGUCCAUUGGAAAACAUUAGAAAAUACAUAAUAGAAAAGUAAAAACAAAGUUUAAUUACUCAUAAUCUGAUAAUCUGGAAACUAGAGAGACAUGGCAAGUGACUACAAUGUGCACUUCUUUUUUUUUUUUCUUUUUUGUCUGCCCUUCACCCACUUGCCUUCACCCAUUUUGCCCACCCUUCUCCCAGCAAUAUGCAAUCUUCGUUGGAUCCUGGAUUGGGGGGAAAAGACUCUAAAGGCAUUAUUGGGACACUGGGGAAUUGAAAGUAUGGAGGAAUUUGAAUAUUUUAGGUAAUAGCAUUAUAUUAAUAUGCAGUUUCCUGAGUGUGAUUGUCAAAUUGUGGUUAUAUAGGAGAAUAUCCCUUUCUUAGGAGAUGCAUCUGAACACAGUGUUGAGAAACAAAGUGUUGUGAUGUCUGCAGCUGUCAAGUGGCAUGCUAAAACACAAAUAUAAACAUGUAUGUAUGUACAGAUACACACACAAAUGCACAUUGCAGAUGUGGCAAAAUGAUAACAACUGGUAAAUUUAGAUGACGUAUAAAAAGGAGCAUCUUUUAUGAAAUACUGAUCACCAUCAUUUUUUUAAAGUGUACUCUUUUUUUUUUUUUUUAAAGUAAUCUCUGUGCCCAUGUGGGGCUUGAACUCACGACCAUGAGAUCAAGAGUCACAUGCUCUACUCACUGAGCCAACCAGGAGCCCCUGAUUACUAUGUUCUUUUCGCAGCCUUUCUGUAGGUUUGAGAUUUUUCAGAAUAAAAGUUGGGGGGCACCUGGUUGGCUUGUCUGUAAAGCAUGUGACUCUUAAUCUCAGGGUUGUGAGUUUGAGCCCCACAUUGGGUGUGAAGAUCACUUAAAAUCUUUUUAAAAAUUUUUUUAAAAAGAAAAGUUGGAAAGUCAGCCAGUUAAUCAAUCACCUAUUACUCUCUCCCACCCAAAGAAAACACUGCUAGAAUUAUGGCAUCUGUCUUUCUUGAUCUUUGAAUGCAAAUAGAGAGAAACAGCUUACAAAUUACGUUUAUAAGUGGACCGUGUUAAUAUGCACUCUUCUGAAACUUGCUUUUUUAUUUUGUCUUUUGCUUAGUCAUUAUCUAUGCCUACAAUUCUAUAUCAGUAUUUCCCAAAAUGUUCCUCAGAAGAGUAGCUCUUUGGGAUGUCCCAAUACAAAAAGAAUCUCUGGUCAAACCAGUCUAGGGUGGAGGCAUUCUACUGCUUUCCUUGCCCUAUCCCUGUUUUGUUUUGUUUUGUUUUGUUGUUUUUUGUUUUUUUCCCCUGCAAUUAAACACUUUUGAUUUUUGUUGCCCUAGGUUUUUCCCCAAACAUGGUCAACUGUGGAACCCAAGGAAUAGCAAUUAAGAGGAGCAUCUUUUAUGAAAUACUGAUCACCAUCAUUUUUUUUAAAAGCAGCCUGAACAUGCAUUCUGCACCCAGCUACCUCACCCAGCCUCCGCCACCUCCUCCACCCCCUCCACCACUGCCCCCACCUCCACCGCCCCAGCCACCCCCACCCCCACCCCAGAGCCUGGGCCCCCCUGGGCGUGCCAACCCUGGCGGAAAUGGCGUGGUGGAGGUGUACAGUGCCACAGCGCCCCUGGCUGGGAGUGGCACAGUGGAGAUCCAGGCAUUAGGAAUGCAGCCCUACCCACCCCUGGAGGUGCCAAACCAGUGUGUGGAGGCUCCAGUAUACCCCACACCUCCGGUAUACAGCCCUGGCAAACAGGGAUUCAAACCGAAAGGACCAAACCCUGCUGCCCCCAUGACCAGUGCCACGGGGGGCACAGUGGCCACCUUUGACUCCCCACCAACGCUGAAGACCCGACGGGCUAAAGGUGCCAGCGGACUCCCAGAAGCUGCAGGGAAGCCAAAGGCUCAGAAACUCAAGUGCUCAUACUGUGACAAGUCAUUCACCAAAAACUUCGACCUGCAGCAGCACAUCCGAAGCCAUACUGGGGAGAAGCCCUUCCAGUGCAUUGCAUGUGGCCGUGCCUUUGCCCAGAAAUCUAAUGUCAAGAAACACAUGCAGACUCAUAAGGUGUGGCCUCCAGGACGUAGCGGUGGCACUGUCUCUCGCAACUCUGUGACCGUACAGGUCAUGGCCCUCAACCCCAGCAGGCAGGAAGAUGAGGAAAACGCAGGGUUGGGCCAGUCCCUGUCGAGUGCCCCACAGCCUCAGGCCUUGCCCGAAGCAGGUGAGGAUGAAGGGGACAAAUUGGAGGCCAAGCAGGUCGUUCUCAUUGACAGCUCCUACCUAUGCCAGUUCUGCCCCAGCAAGUUCAGCACCUACUUCCAGCUCAAGUCCCACAUGACCCAGCAUAAGAAUGAGCAGGUAUACAAGUGUGUGGUCAAAAGCUGUGCACAGACGUUCCCAAAGCUCGACACAUUUCUGGAGCAUAUCAAGAGCCACCAGGAGGAGCUAAGCUAUCGCUGCCACCUCUGUGGCAAGGACUUCCCGUCUCUCUAUGAUCUGGGUGUGCACCAGUACUCCCAUAGCCUCCUGCCACAGCACAGCCCCAAGAAGGACAGUGCCGUCUACAAGUGUGUCAAAUGUGUCAACAAAUACUCUACCCCCGAGGCCCUGGAGCACCACCUGCAGACAGCAACUCACAACUUCCCCUGCCCACACUGCCAGAAGGUGUUUCCUUGUGAACGUUACCUGCGACGGCAUCUGCCCACCCAUGGAAGUGGGGGCAGGUUCAAGUGCCAGGUGUGCAAGAAGUUCUUCCGGCGGGAGCACUACCUCAAACUGCAUGCUCACAUCCACUCAGGUGAGAAGCCCUACAAAUGCUCAGUGUGCGAAUCCGCGUUCAACCGUAAGGACAAACUGAAGAGACACAUGUUGAUCCAUGAGCCAUUCAAGAAAUACAAAUGCCCCUUCUCGACACACACAGGCUGCAGUAAAGAGUUCAACCGGCCAGAUAAGCUGAAGGCUCAUAUCCUCUCCCACUCUGGCAUGAAGCUCCACAAGUGUGCCCUGUGCAGCAAGUCCUUCAGCCGCCGCGCCCACCUCGCGGAGCACCAGCGCGCUCACACGGGCAACUACAAGUUCCGCUGCGCCGGCUGUGCCAAGGGCUUUUCCCGACACAAAUACCUCAAGGAUCACCGCUGCCGCCUUGGCCCCCAAAAGGAUAAGGACCUGCAAGCCCGGCGGCCCUCCCGGAGGAGGGCAGCACCCCGCAGCAGCAGCAGUGGUGGGCGCAAGGUGGUGACCCCCCUGCCUGACCCGCUGGGGCUGGAGGAGCUGAAGGACACAGGGUCUGGGCCAGUGCCCGAGGCUGCCCCAGGCAAGCCGCCCUUCUCAGAACCAGAUGCAGUGCUGUCCAUCGUAGUGGGUGGCACAGUGGGUGGCGAGCCUGAGCUGGUAGUGCCCGGGCAUGCUGAGAGCCUGGGCUCCAACCUGGCACUAGCGGAGCUACAGGCAGGGGCUGAGGGCCCAUGUGCCAUGCUUGCUGUGCCUGUCUACAUCCAGGCCUCAGAAUGAUGGACUCUUGGUGUUUGCUCCCCAAGCCUGGCCUAACGCUCACCUUUGGGUCCAGGCCUCAGGGACUGACUAGAGAUCCUUCCCAAUAGAAGUGAGCCAUUGGCCAAAGUCCUUCUGGAGUGUCAUUUGUGAACCCUGGCCUAUGGCCAGCCUGCUGUAGCUCCUAUUCUGAUGGAUAGCCCUGCAGCAUUCUGGAAUGUGAGGCAGGGCUGCCUAUGGCUUCCAGAUAGGGACAUUGGAGAUAAGAGAGCUGGCCAAGCCAGCAGUCCCGGGUCUGGCUGGUCCAGGCUGAUGUCAGCCCACCUAAGAGAGAAGACAGGAUGGUCUGACCUGCCCUUCAUCUGGGCUAUCUUGGUGUGGCCUCUAGUCAAGAUGCUCUUCUGGAGGCCUGAAAUGGGUAGGGCCCUUAUCUUCUGGAUCUUUUCAUACACGGUUCCACAUGGUAUCUACAGAUGACUCUGUGAUGUAGACAUUUAGGUGGUACUCAAGUGUCAUGGUUAGAGUGCAGCUAUCAACCAGAUUUGGCUUCAAAUCUGCUACUCACUUGCUGUGUGACCUUGGGUAUGUCACUUUACCUCCCUGGACCCUGUGUUUCUCAUCUGUACAAUGGGGCAUAUGAAAUUUUGACCUCAUAGGGCUGUCAUAGGGAUCCAGUAUGAUGAAAUGUGCAAAGAACUCGGCAUAGUGCUUGGCACUUGGAAAGUGCUCAAUAAAUGUUUAUAUCAAAGUGUGUCCAAUGGCUCAGGCUUGAGCCUUGGCAGUUUCUUUCUUUGCCCCUAGGUGGCAGCACCCCCUCCUCCAAAGUGUUGGGGGAGCCGAGAGGUCCCAUGGCCCUUUGUGCACAGCUGUGUUGCCCCAUUAGCCAUGGAGAAGUUUGAUGCUCCCAGAAUGGUUAUUUAAGAACAUGGCUAUGGAAGGGGUUUAUAUUCACUUCUGAAAAUACAAGAUCUCCUGGGUCUUGCCCCAAACCCUUUGGCAUCAGAAACUCUGAUCAGAGCCAGAGGUCCAUCUCAGGCAGGCCUCCAGAAUCCAUAGUUGCCCCCACCACCUGCGCUCUGUCCCCACUCCCCAGCUAGUCCAGAGAAGAAGCAAACCAGGCUUAUUGGGAAGCAAAGAAGAGAAAAGGGGCCUUGGCCAGUGUUUCCUCAUUUCCAUUCACAGCCACACUGCCUCAGUGAUAGGAGAGGAAACAGGCUCCAGAAGGGUCAGGACGGGAUGCAGCACAGCUCUUGCACUCAGUUUGAUGAGUUUCCUUGAAGACUGGUACAUCCCUCAGAUAUCUGUGUUGGGGCUCUGGGCUGGAGCUCAGAGCAAGCCCAACUUCCCCUCAGGAAAGGUACAAUGCAGUAGGAAGGACCAAUGAGGAAAUGGCACACCACUGAGGGGGUGAGAGCUGUAAGUGCACCCAGCCUGCAGGGCCAGAGGAGGAACUGGUAAGAACAGAAAAUCUCUUCAGGGGAGGUCACACUUGAACUGGUCCUUAACACGGAAUAUUUUGAUGGAUGGAUAAAUAGGGGAAGGCAUGCCAGGGAGAGCAAGCCAUGAGCCAAGCCUUCAAGGUAUGACAGUUCUGGGGCUGGUGAAGGGACCAGGAUGACAAGAGAUUUGGGGAUAGUGGUUAAAUCAUCAUAAUCAUGAAUAUAUUUCAAGCUUCCACACGAGGGACACUGCACUUAGCACCUCAGCCCCAUCAGGUGAGAAUUGUUAAUUUCCUUAUUUUGCAGAUGAGAACACAGAGGCGCAGAGAAACUAAGCUCCUUGCCCAAGCUCACACAGCUAGUAAGUCACAGAGCUGGGAUUCCAGCUGGGGUGGCCUGCCUCCGUGCACUGUUAGCCACUUUGCCAUAUUGAAAUAGAAGUUGAUGUUGAAUCAGAAGUAUCCUUGGAUCUUAGGUUAAGGAAUUUGGACUUUAUUCUCUUCAAAAUGGAGGAGUCAUGGGAGGCAUUAAACAUUUUUAAAAAUUGUGCCAUUAAAGAAAAUGUUAAAAACCAUAUCUCCAUCCUAAUACAACUACUGAAGUUAUAUUUCAGUCUCUUCCUGUCAGUGUACACAUGCAUGUAUAUUUAUCAAUAAUCAUAAGGCUUGUGUUUAUUAGCACUUAUGCCAUGCCUGGCAUGUCCAAAGCACUUUUAAUUCCAUCUUGUAGCUGAGAUGAAGCCAAAGAUACAGUGAGGUUAAAUAGCCCCAAAUCACAGAGCAGUAAGUGGCAGAGCUAGGCCACAGAACAAGGGGCAUAUCAGCGUCUAAUAUUUGGUAGAUGCAUAGUUGGACUGCAGGGGAAGAAGCUGGGACCACAUAUUGGGUUCCCAUAACUACAUCCCUCCUAGAUUGGCAGAUGGGAAGACUGAGGUCCAGAAAGGGGAAGGCUAGGGUGCCUGGGUGGCUCAGUUGGUUGGGCAUCUGCCUUCAGCUCAGGUUAUGAUCCUGGAGGCCUGAGAUUGGGCCCUACUUCAGGCUUUCUGCUCAGUGAGGAGUCUGCUUCUCACUUUCAUCCUUUGUGCUCUCCCUCCCCCUGCCAAAUAAAUAAAAUCUUUUUUUUUAAAGGGGAAGGCCCUUGGUCAUGGGUUACUCAAAGUUGACACCAGAGCUGCUCCAGGACCCCAGAGCUCUCUAUAGGACCCCCAAGGUGCUGGAGAGGAUGAAAUAUAAAGAGGGUCCACUCUGAGCAUCCAGGGUUCCACAGAGAUGUUCAAAUCAAGUAGAGCUAGGUUUGAAUCUGGCUCUGUCCCUUCCUAGGUAUGUGGCUGUGGCAAGUCACAUCACCUCUCUGAGCCUCAGUGUCCUCAUAUGUAGAUGGGGGAGAAUAAUAGUACCUACCCAAUAAGGUUAUCACAAUUCAGAGAGAAUUCAGGUAAAGCAGAGAAUGGAUUGGCAGCCCAUGGGUUGAAUGCAGCCUACAGAUAGACUUUGUUUAGAUUUCACAAUGAAAAAAAAAAAAGCCAAUAUUUAAAAAUAAUGAAAUUAAAAACCUGGUGAAAAGGGAGAUGUAUUCCCUCUGUGUCAAGAACAAGAAAAGGAUGCCUGCUACUGUGAUUCCACAUUGUGUUGGAGGCCUAGCCAAAGCAAUAAGGCAAGAAAAAGAAAUAGUAUAAGGAUCAGAAAGGGUGAAAUAAUGGCAAGAAUGCUGAAAUAAUAGCAAAAUCAAUAUAUAAAAAUUUACUACAUUCUAUGAAUAAAAAAAAUUGCUGGGUUCUUAUACUCCAGAAGCAAUUAGAAAAUGUUAUUAAAAAUGGGGAGAUGGGGGGGCACCUGGGUAGCUCAGUUGGUUAAGCUUCAGACUCUUAAUUUCAGCUCAAGCCUUGAUCUCAGGGUCAUGAGUUCAAGCCCUGUGUUGCACUCCAUGCUGGGCAGAGUCUACUUAAAAAAAAAAAAAAAAGUUUAAAAAAAUUGGGGGGAGACGGAGUGUCUGGCUGACUCAGUGAAGCAUAUGACUCUUGAUUUUGGGUUUCUAAGUUUGAGCCCCACAUUGGGUUUAGAAAUUGCUUAAAAAUAAAGUCUUUUUUAAAAAAUGGGAGAUUUAGGGGCAGCCCCGGUGGCCCAGCAGUUUGGCGCCACCUUCAGCCCUGGAUGUGAUCCUGGGGAUCCAGGAUCAAGUCCCACAUCAGGCUCCCUGCAUGGAGCCUGCUUCUCCCUCUGCCUGUGUCUCUGCUUCUCUGUGUGUGUCUUUCAUGAAUAAAUAAAUUAAAAUCUUUUUUAAAAAUGGGAGAUUUCAUAUAAAAAUCUGGAUUCUGACUUGUGUUGAAAAUAAGGAUGUCUGGCAUAGGGAAACAGCAGUCAGGUGGAGCUGAGCUAGCCAGCCCCUUUCACUGGGCACAUGCAUUCCAGAUGCCACGAUUCCUGUUCUUCUCUCAGGUCUCCCUGACACUGCAGCUGAAUAUCAGUUGCUACUUACUAUACUUGUGUUGAUUUAUCUUUGAGUAGAGAAAUAUUUCUAAUUUCCCAUGUCUUUGGAGAGUAGGAAAACAAGAUAGCCAGGGAGGAUUACAUGAUUUUUUAUGUUCCUUGCCUACUCAACCAUCUUACUGUCUGGACCUAAGGUAUAUAACUUGAGGAACCCUGUAAAUAGUGCUUUCUUUUCUCCCUCCCACUGUCAUGUCUCUGCCUCUAAGCUAGCCGGCCUCAGUUUCUCUAUCAAUAAAUGUGAGAAGUUGAGUCAUAACUAACUUUACUGUCUAUUAAGUGUCAAACCCUGUGCUCUGUGUCUUACUUACAUGUCACUGAGUCCUCAAAACACCCUUGGAAGCAAGUUAUCAUGUCCAGUUUAUAAAUGGGGAAACCAAGGCUCAGAGAGGUGCAGCAACCUGCCCAAAUUCUCUCAGCCAGAAUGUGUCAAGCUGGGCUUCAGACCCAGGAAUGACAACUCCAAAAUUCCUGCCUUGUCUCAGGAUCACUAAAGCUCUCGCCAGGUCUGAUAAGCCAAGAUUUGUUUGUUUUUUAAAUCACUUCUCCAAGGCUCCAACCACUUUUCAUCUCCCCAGCCAUUGUUGCCCUGUCCAGGCUGCCAGCCUCUCUUGCAUGGAUGAUUGCAUCAGCCUUCUCUUUGUUUUCCCUGCUUUCUCUCUCCACCGUGAUCCAUUCUCUUGACAGCAUCCCAAGGGAUCUUUCUAAAGCUUCAAUCAGAUUAUGCCAUGUUCUUUUUAAAACUCUCUAGUGGCUUCCAGUCUCUCCCAGAGUCAAAUCUAAAGUUUACCUGAUAGAUUUCAAGGUUCUAUAUGAUAUGGCCCUCAUCUUUUCUUCUCUCAUUCUACUCCAGCCAUACCUGCCCUCUUGCUGCUCCUCCAUCAUAUAGGCCACUUGCUGCCUCAGGGCCUGUGUACUUUCCAUUCCCUCUGUCUAGAAUGCUCUUCCCUCAGAUUUUCAUAUGAGUGGCUCCCUCCCUCUAUUUACCUUUGUCCAAAAGUUACCGCCUCAGGACUUCCAUGGCCUAUCUCUUUAAAAUGGCCCCCCACCCCACCUUCAUAUCACUCUAAUCCCUUAACCUUCGUUUUUAUUCAUCAUCCUUGACAUUUUAUUAGGCAUUUUUUUAUUGUCUGUUCCCCUCAUUAAAAACAAAAGGUCCACAAGGACAAAGACCUUUCUCUGUUUUGUUCACUGAUACAUUUACAGUGCCUAGAACUGCUCAGGAAUUGCCAGUCAAUAUUCGUUGAAUGAACUGAAAACAGCACUUUGAGAGAACAAGACCCACUCUACCCAUCCCCUUUUCCCAUUCCAUGGAGGCCAAGGGUAAAUUUCCUUCAGGAAGAAUCUGUCAUGGAGGCUGAGAAACGGCAAACCUAAAGCCCCAUAAAGCCCCAUUUUCCUUUGUUUUAAGAAGCUUAGAAUAUCUAGGACAUGACAGAGGCAGUGGCUUGGAAAUCUCAGUUGACACAGUAACGUAUUGGUGCAGCCUAGGAGAACUGGUUGGACCAGUUUUGUCUCCCUUGGAGAGGCUGGAGUGGAGGUGGCAGCUGUAGGUGCUCCCAACCCCCAAGGCUGUCAGCAGAGGACUCCUAUGGAUUCUCAGGUCCUGUAGGUUGAUAGAGCAGAUUCCACCUCAGGGUUGAGGCUGAACCUCUCUGUGAGGUCGGGCAGAGAAUCCUGAGGCGAGGGGCUGAGGCCCAAUUUCAGGGCCUUGGGCCCUUUGUAGAAUCACAGAGAAUAAAAUGAGGCCCAAUAAUGGACAAGUCUUGUCCAAGGUCUAUUUUAAAAAGGCCAAAUCCAAACCCAGUUCUCCUGCCCUCCAAGUCACUGCUAUCUCAACCCAUUCAUUUACUAUUUGACAAAAUAUUUAUCAAGUGCCUA